CCAACCAUGGAAACUAUGUGCGCUCUCUCAAGUCUCAGCUCUUGAAUAUGCGGCCAUCAUGGUCAGCCAUGCAAGAAAUAGGUAGAGACAUUGGCGAGAGAUGGGAUUUCAUGGAGAUUUUUUCGGGCUGCAGCCGUCUUAGCAAGGAAGUUGCCAAGUUUGGAGGCAAAUGUGGUCCUGCGGUGGAUUGCCUUCCAUCGGCAGAAUUGCGGCUAGAUUUGUCAACCCCAAGCACCCGUGCUUUGUUAUGGCAGUUGGUGAAAGAGUCAAGGGUCCGAUGGAUCCACCUAGGAUUCCCGUGUACCUUUUUCAUCAACCUAGGGAGAUGCACAGCUCUUCGAACACACACUCAGUGGGAAGAGCUGCGAGAAACAGCUUUAGGACAUAUGGAAUUUAGCAUUCACCUACUCCGGGAGCAAGAGACGGAAGGCCGAGAUGGAAGCAUGGAACAGCCUCGCAAUGCAGGCUCUUGGCGAUGCCGUGGCUGGACAGAGCUGGAAAACUCGAGUUUCCAGAAAUACAUCUAUGACUCAUGCGCUUUUGGCUUAUGUGAUGAAUAUGGGAGGCCCUUGCAGAAGCCGGGCGCGCUGGGUUCCAAUCGUGAUUUGAGCACCAUGGAGCGCCAAUGUUGCUGUGGCGUGCCCCACGGCAGAGUUGAAGGCUCUGUGCAGCAAGGUCCUGAAAAGGGCCGCAGGCGAUCUGAAGUUGCCGGGCAAUACACACUUGCCUUUUGCCAGGCUUUUGCGCGGGAGAUUUUGCGCAGCAGAAUCUGAAAA